UUGCUACUGGUGCAAGUGGGUGUCGCUCAGCGCCGCGCCGGCCGCGGAUUGGUGCAGAGGACGGCGGGGCGGGGCCUCCUCCCUGGGCUCGGUCGUCGAGGCUCGCGGACAGCGAAUGUCGUCAUGAGCGAACAACAGGACAGUAUGGCCGCCGCUGUUGCCGUCAGUCCCAGCGAAUACCUGCAGCCCUCCACCGCUUCCUCACAGGACACCCAGCCUUCUCCUCUCGCCCUCCUGGCUGCCACCUGUAGUAAGAUCGGCCCUCCUGCCGCUCAGGCUCCCGUAACCUCCCCUCCGGCGCAGCCGCAGCCUCGCAGGCUCCUCCCCAUAAAGCCGGCGCCAAUCGCCCCCGCGCCGCCCAAAAACCUGGGCUUUCUGUCCGCCAAGGGCAAUGUGAUCCAGCUCCCCGCAGGCCUGGGCGCCUCGGCCCCCGGCAGCCCCAUUGUCCUCACCAUCCAGCAGAGCCCGGCGCGCAGCAAUGCCUCCGGCGCCGGCAACAUCCAGUACCAGGUGGUGCCGCAGAUUCAGGGCACGCAGACCAUCCAGGUGAUGCCGCAGGGCGGUCAGUUCCAGCUCAUACCUGGCACCAACCAGGCCAUCAUCACCACUCCCAUGACCGUACCAGCCCCCUGCGCUGCCGCUGCUCCCGUCACGCCGCAGAAGACAGUCGCCAUCAAGCCCUCCCCUAAGAUGCGGAAGUCGAACAACGUGGUGCAGCUGCCUGGUGGGAUCACGCUGCCGCUCAACGUGGCGACUGGAGAGGUGGGCGGGACGCAGAUCAUCACAGAGGCGGCCGCCGCCCCUCCCACUCCUGGAAAGGCACGACGGGGGAGGAAGAAGAAAGUGGUUCUGGCCGCGCACCCUUCUCUUCCUCCCCCGCCCGCUGCCUCCCCGCCCCCAGAGCAGAUGGAGACCAUCCUGAUAGAAGCCAGUGACAACAUCAUACAGGCCGGUAACAACCUCCUGAUCGUGCAAAGUCCCGGGCAGCCCGCCGUGGUGCAGCAGGUGCAGCUGGUGCAGCCCAAGCAGGACUCGCAGUUGGUCCAGAUCCCGCAGCAGGCACUAAAGGUGGUGCAGGCCGCCUCCGCCACGCUGCCGCCCGUUCCGCAGAGACAGUCAGCGCCGUCGAACCUGCAGCUCACUCCGACAGAUUCCUCGCCGACACAGAUCCUCUUCAAAACGGCGUCGGGCGAGUGGCAGUCAGUCGUGCUCCAGGACUCAGUCUCCACAGCAACGACCCCCAUCACGUCGGUCGUCGCCACCACCACCACAACCACAGCCGCCGCCACUUCGCCGCCGGCCGGCACCAAAAGGACGCCGUCGGGGGGCCGGAAGGAACGUACGCUGGCAAAAAUCGCCCCGGCGGGAGGGAUGAUAGCGCUGAACACGUCGCAGCUCCCGUCUGCGUCGCAGUCGGUGCAGACGAUCAGCAUCAACGGCGUCCAGGUUCAGGGAGUUCCUGUCACCAUCACCAACGCAGGGGGCCAGCAGCACCUGACAGUGCAGACGCUGCAGGGCGGCGGGCUGCAGCUGGCGGCGGCGCAGGGGCAGCCGACACUGCAGGUGGACCAGACGCUCACCCUGGAGCUGCCCGGGCAGCCGGGGGAGAAGAAGCGACGCAUGGCCUGUACCUGCCCCAACUGCAAGGACGCAGACAAGAGGCCCGGGGAGAUGGGGAAGAGGAAGCACAUCUGCCACGUCCCCGGCUGUGAGAAGACGUUCAGGAAAACGUCGCUGCUCAGAGCUCACGUCCGGCUGCACACCGGCGAGAGGCCCUUCGCCUGCAACUGGGUGUUCUGCGGGAAGCGCUUCACGCGCAGCGACGAGCUGCAGCGGCACGCCAGGACGCACACAGGAGACAAGCGCUUUGAGUGCAGUCAGUGUCAGAAACGCUUCAUGAGGAGCGAUCAUCUGACGAAGCAUUACAAGACGCACAUCAACACCAAGAACCUGUGAGCGGACCGUGUACGGAGAGAACACACAGACAAAACUCUCAGAGACUAAAAGACUUGAUGUGUGAGAGGAAGGAGGUGACGAUACCAAGGGGGAGUUUCUGUGACUUGUCCCAUAGUGGGAAAUACUCCAAAAAAAAAAAACAGUCCCCGUUUUUCCUCCCACUCCUCUCGGACACUGCAGUGUGGUGUACAAAGGAAUCCUUCCUGGUGGACUUCAAACUGAUCCAGCAAAUGUAUUAAUAAUAGAUUAUUUUUUUGUUUGUUUCUUCUUCUUCUUUUUUUUUUAUUACCUGCGGUGUGAGCGGAGGCCAGAUCCAGCGUCGACUGAACGAGACGGGGUAAGACGUCAGACACAGACGUUCAACUCCGCUGGCUUAUUUAUAAACUUCUCUGGCAGAAGAACGUACUCGGAAUUUUUUUUCCCGACACCGACACCGAACGCCACAGGACUCUGGUCACAGUUUUCAUCUCCGAUUCAUGCUUGACCUUUUGUUUUGUCGUUUAAAACAUCUGGAGCUCCCAGAGGUUGGCUGUGAAGAACCAAAAAAAGGAAAACAUUUACACAAUGUUUUAUGAAUUUACCAGAAAUGUGUUUGACCUGGUAAAUUUUGUUUUAAGUUAUUUGUCUUUUAGCAGUCUUAGCCCUCCCACCCCCCGGAAAAAAAAGUUGGGGACCAAACUUCCCUCACAAGACUUUUGAAAACCUUUAGCUUUUUUUUAAGUGUGUAUAUGCAUACUAUUAUACAUAAUAUUAAUAAUUAUAAUAAACUAUUUAUAACAUUUUUCCAUACAUUUGUUACAAAUUGAUUUGAUGACAUAAAAGACUAAAUGAGACUUAAUACAAGAGGUUUUAAAUACAAAGAGGAUGUAAAACAGACAUCAGAGCUCUUCUUCCAGCAAGUCGGAGAUACGGGGGCCAGAAGUCACUGUGCCUUAAAAGUUCACGUUUUAAAAAUCAAGUUAAAAAAACAAACACGCCACAGAGCUGCUGGAAUUGGAUUAGUACGUUGACGACUUGGUGAAAAGCAAAGUUAUUAAACUAUUAAAUGUUACAGAAGCGGUAGUACAAGCAGAGCUGGCAGUAAGUGGAUCCAACCCUUUUAUUCUGUUGAAGUUCCGUUUAACAGAUGAAAUAUUUUGUGCAGACUUUACCAGUAAGCUGUAAAAAGCUCCUGUUGUUGGGAUCGUGAGGAUUUCACAUACAGGACGUACACGACCUAAAAUUCUCUACUUUUAGAGAAGCACUGCAAAAACCUUCAACUUCCCGUAGAACGUCUCUAUUUCCUAGUUGUCGAAAGGGGCGACAGGGCUGAGAUGACUCCCUCCCAAGAAUUUUUUAAAGUUUGAGAAAUAAGGUCCAAGAGGUUUUGGGGGGGGGGGGGGGUUUAACGGUAGGAGUAGUUGAUCACCACUAGCUUCAACAGGUACGCUGACGUCGACGGCUGGGUAUCAAUCUGAAAUAAAGAAAAAUUGGUACGGAAUUGUACCCGUAGACUUGGCGCUACCUUUUUCCGCCCGAUUCGUGUACCUGUACUUCAUCACAUAUGCCCUGAUUUAAAUAAAAACGUGGCUCCAUUCAGACAGUAUUUUAUCUUAAAAAGUUCUUAAAACGGCUGCACUCGGACAUUUAUCUCUAAUACCGACUUAACUUCUACUUCUCUUGUUUACCGGAAAAAACGUUUUUCGUUGAGUUCGUGUUAGAAGAACGUGUAUACCUCCCGAAGGAAAGGGAAAAAAAGUCGUGAACUAUGUGGCGCUUGUACCAAACGAUACCCAGCCAGACUUCCGACUUACAGAACAAUACAAAUUCCAGUUUAACUCCGCUCUGCUGCUUCAUCACAGUGUGCAUCGCUGUAAAUACGAUCGGAUUUCCAACUGCUUGGCCAAACUCGACAAUCAUGUGACGAGAUGCAAAAGAAUAAAAUUGAAAAAACGCUUACUCAGGCCUUUGAUCAGUUUGUACAUGAGUUGUUUUGAGAGCUUUAAUUCUGAAUUUACACUUGACAGGGUUUUUUUGUUGAUAAAUAUACUGAUGACACGUUACUUAAAUAUCAUUUGCUUUUACAGUAAACAUACUGCUGCUUAUAGCGUGUUUUGGUAUAAUGAAGACGCGCUGACCUUUUUCACUAACAGGUCCUCAGUCAGUUUGAAGCUCGGGAUUUUCCUUUUUGUUCAACCGACUUCUUAUUUAAUAAGCUUUUUUCGGGGGAGGGUCAAAAUAGCUCGGUGCCAUCAGACGGCCGGUGGUUGAAUUUUCACUGUGGCGUGUUUUAAUACUGUGACGUACAACAACUUCUUCUUCUCUGUGCACAGAGACAUUUGACCAAAAAGCUCUAGAGUCAAGUCAGAUUCAUUUUUAAAGCACUUUUUAUUUGAUUUUUUUCAUUGUUAAAGAAGUCUGGUGAAGUGCUUCACGGGGGGACAGGCGGUGUCGUUGAGCGUCGGUGGCCAAUAUUUUGUGUAUUUUAAAAAAAAAUGUGUCUGAAGAAUAUGCGUUGCCAUUGGGAUGGAUAGACGGAGCCUGCUCAUAUUUAUGUUUAUAUUUUUCAUCAUGUCUGAAUAUGUAAAUACAGUGUGUGUCGGGCAGACACGGUAAAUGUAGGAUAUUAAAUUUUUAAAAAAAACAAGAGUUAAAGCUGCCCUAGUGUUCAGGUUGGCGUGACCAGCCCUGAAGAGACUUUGUACAGUGUGUAAGGAAUAAAAUAUAAUGUGACAUUGUAUAGCUUCAUUCCUGCUUUGUAUAAGACUUCUAGUUUUUUUUCUGUUGACUUUCAGAUGCCUUCGAUAGAUGGUCCCAAUAUUUAAUGAUGUUUUUUUCCCCUGUCUAAUUCCAGGUAACAACAUUUGUACAAUUCCUUUUGUGUCUUUUAAACUUAUGUUACAUGCUCACGUCAUGUGCACUGAUCAAAAAUCCCAGGUUCUUUUUUACCUUGGUUGUAAUUAAAUGUAAUAAGAUUUUUCCAAAUUGAGACAUUUUCUCUUCUCUUGCUUGGUCUUUCUGUGAAUUAAGUGCUUCUCCUUCCCUGUAACUGGCCACAACGGUACGUCAGUAAAUCAGGAGAACCCAGAGAACCAGCAGAUUAUUUUUUCUAACUCGUACAAAGGUGCUAAAACAUGACGCCCGCUCCUUUUCUACAGUCACACCCUCAAUAAAGAACUCGAAACUA